UUCCUGUGACGUCAUUCCCUGAGAGGAUCAACGCCUGUUUACAAUCCUCGGGGUCGGCACAGGCCUGGGGGGAGUUCAUCUUCAUUUCGUCGGUGAAACCAACCUGCCUCCUCUGAACCGCGAACCGGAACGAAGUUUUUGACGUUUGUGACGUCUGAGGACUUUCUGGACAUGAGCGCCGCCCUGCCGCUGUAGACCGGUGAAGGACCAUCUGUCUGCUGAUGGGGAACAGCGCGCUCAGGUCUCACCUGGAGACCUCCCAGAAGACGGGGGUGUUCCAGCUGACGGCCAAGGGGCUGCAGGAGUUUCCAGAGGAACUGCAGAGACUCACGGCCAACCUGAGGACCGUGGAUCUGUCGGGAAACAAGAUCGAGGUUCUUCCUGCUUCCAUUGGGAACUUCCUGCAGCUCAGGAGUCUGACCCUGAACUCCAACCGGCUGACUGCUCUGCCCAGCGAGAUGGGGAAGCUGAAGAAGCUGGAGACCCUCUGUCUGAACGGAAACCGGAUCGAGCGGCUCCCUCCGACUCUGGGUCAGCUCAGAGCUCUGCGGACCCUCAACCUGGCCGGGAACCAGAUCUCAGAGUUCCCCUUGGGACUGGGAACCCUGCGGCAGCUGGACAUGCUGGACCUGUCCCGGAACCAUAUUCACAUCGUCCCGCCGGAAGUGUCGGAUCUGCAGGCCAUCGAGAUCAACCUGAACCAGAACCAGAUCUCGGUUGUGUCCCCUGAGAUAUCGCUGUGUCCCCGUCUGAAGGUUCUCCGUCUGGAGGAGAACUGUCUGGAGCUGUCCUCCAUCCCUCAGGCGAUCCUGAGCGACUCUCAGGUGUCGCUGCUGUCUCUGGAGGGAAACCUGUUCGAAGUGAAGAAUCUCAGAGAAAUCGAGGGAUACGAGAAGUACAUGGAACGAUUCACAGCCACCAAGAAGAAGUUUGCCUGAAGCUCCGCCCAUGAGGCCGGAUCUCCACCUGCAGGCAGAACCGGCUCCAGUUUAGCAGCUUCUCACCUUUAUUGGUCCCAGCAGCAGAUCACACCGUAGGCAGGAAUGCUUUAGAACCCAGCAGAACCUCAAAGACAGAACCCAAGAGGGUUUCAGGGAAAACUAAAGAAGCGGCUUCAGGUUCUGUAACAGUCUGGAAGUUCUGAAGUUUUGCAGAGACAGUACAGGCCGUCCGCUUCCUGUGGGUCCCGGUAAAGUAAGCCCGCAGUUUGUGCUGGUCUUCUGAAGGUUCUGGUUUGUGCCAGAGCAGAACACUCACUACAUAUUUCUCAGAACCAACCAGAGUUUUUUCUGCCCAGACUCAUCAUCGUGCAUCAGGAUCCCAAAUGUCUUCAGCUCAGAGGAGCCGCUCUUCCUUCUGAGGGUCCGCCGUCUUUGGCUGUUGGUCCAAAGGUCCAGAUCUGACGGUUUAUGUGUUGUCGCUUCUGAACUCCACCUCUCUGUCAUUUCCUGCUUGAACCUUUUAGCCAAGUAAAUGAAGGAACUGUUGGUCUGAUGGGGAAAAAAAGCGCUGCUGGUUUUAGAGCUGAAUUAAAGAUGAGUGCAUGAAGAGCCUG